AUGGGGGCCCAAGGGGUGUGCUUGGAGGUGCGGCGGCACAGGGUGUGGAGGAGGUACCUGGCGGGGGCCCAAGGGGUGUGUUUGGGGGAUGCGAGGCCUCCCACUCCAUCUCCUGCCCCAAAUUCGAACCAGCAAACCCCCUGGAUGCAGGAUGGUGGUGCAUGUGGUGGGGCAAAUGCGGCCGCUGCUGCUGCUGCUGCUGCUGCUGCUGCUGGUGAUGGCGCUGGUGUUGUGGGACGGAAUGAUGGGGAUUGUGGGAAGAACCAGGAAAGAGUGGAUGGGCGAAGGCAGGAGGAGGAGCAGGGGAGCGGGAAGAGGAAGGGGGAGCACCCGAGUGUGCAGCAGCUGCUGCAGCAGCGAGGUAGGGGCAACCAGAUGCAUGUGCAUGGGCGGGCGGGUUGGGGGGGCGGGAGGAAGAAGAGGGACGGGAAGGCUCUGAGGGAUAAAGAGGAUAGGAAGGGUCAUAGGGUUCAGGAGGAUAGGAAGGGUGAUAGGGUUCAGGAGGAUAGGAAUGCCCCCCCCUUGCUCCUCCUCCCCCUCCCCUUUCUUCCAUGCCUGCACUUGACACAUCUCUUCCUUCUCUUCCAUAUCUUCCUCCUCUUCCGCCCUCCCCACCUCCUGUUUGCCACUCAAAGUCACGACCUGCACUAG